AUGGAAGUAGAUAGCUCUUCUCCUCUCUUUCUCUUCUCCUUCGUCUACAACAGUGAAGAAGAAGAGCAAGGGAAUCUCGUUCACGGGUUUAAUGCAGAGAUUCAGAUUUUGGGUAGGAUUAGACAUCGCAAUAUCGUGAGGUUAUUAGGAUUUUGUUCCAACCAUGAGACCAAUCUUUUGGUUUAUGAGUACAUGCCUAAUGGAAGUUUAGGUGAAGUUCUUCAUGGAGAAAAAGGAGGUGAUUUGCAUUGGGAUACUAGGUAUAAAAUUGCAGUUGAAGCUGCAAGAGGGUUGUGUUAUCUGCACCAUGACUGUUCUCCUCUGAUUCUUCACCGGGAUGUGAAAUCGAACAAUAUUCUUCUAGAUUCCAACUUUGAUGCUCGAGUCGCUGAUUUUGGACUUGCUAAAUUUCUUCAAGAUUCUGGUACUUCUGAAUACAUGUCUGCUAUUGCCGGCUCUUAUGGGUAUAUUGCACCAGGUAAGAUUAAUGAAUUCAGUACAUGCAUUUUAUUUUGGUAUUUAGAACUACUGAGUGGUAGAAAACCAGUUGGUGAUUUUGGAGAUGGAGUUGGUAUUGUUCAUUGGGAUACGACAGAUUCAAAAUCAUCAGGAGUUUUGAAGAUUCUUGAUCCAAGACUUCCUUAG